CGUCUUCACUUCAUUUCGUGAUGUCAUGUGAACUAAUCUGCUCAUCUCGCGGCACGUGCCGCCGGCCGCAUGUCACAAACGCUUCCAUCACUUACUUGUUUCCAAAACUUCUUCAAACUUCCAUCCCCCUUCACCACCGCCCCGCCGCUUUGCUGUUUUGCGUGAAGCAAAACAGUUUUGCUGACUUGACCGCAGGUCCCCCACACUCCCUACAACGCUCUGAAGACCCUAUUGCUUCCAACCAGUUCCGCAACCCAGACCAAGAUGGCCACGUCCGGCGGGCCAAGCAGUGAGAUGCCAGAGUGCAUCAUCUGCACCGAGCCACAUCCCCCCCACGAGAACGCUUCAAUCUUUGGCUCUGACGUAUGCUUUGGCUGCGUGUGCAAGAUGUUCGAAGAUGCAGUUCACCACGAAGACAGGUAUCCCCCAAAAUGGGGCAGUCAAGUUCUCCCCGUCAGAAAGUUCCGCGCAAUCCUUCCAGCCGAGCUCUAUCAACGCUUCACAGAAAAGGCGAAAGAGUACGAGAUCCCGCCAGAGGAGCGAAUCUACUGCAAACAGCUCAAGACCGAUACUACCGACGACCAGCGCGCCAGUGUGACAUGUGGUGAGUAUGUCGGCCACAUCCCUGAAGCCUGGAGAGAAGACAUUGCGGCUGGCGUCAUUUCUCGCGGGCAUUGCAAAUUAUGCUCAAGCAUCCACUGUUUGAUUUGCGGUGACCUACUCACCAUCCCGGAGCACAUCUGCACAACGCUGCCGGACUGUGCAAACGACAACGCAGCCUUUGAAGGUCUCAUCAGAGGCAAAGACUAUCAGAUCUGCCCCGUUAGACGCUGUCGUCGCAAGAUUCAACUUUCAGAUGGCUGCAAUCUCGUUGGCUGCGUGUGUGGCCAUCAUUUCUGCUUCGUGUGCGGGGCCAAGGCAACAGACCGCCAUUUCAGGAGAACCAGAGAGGAAGGUGGCUGUCCUAGGUAUAACCACCCAAGCAUGCCGACUGCCUUGUGGCAACCGACCGUUGCGGAAGUCCAAGGACAAAACAACUUCGCGCUGCAGACGUUUUUGUUGCAAGCACACCGCCAUCAGCUGAUUGUUGCAGCCCGGCGCAGGGAGCGAGACCGUGCAAGGCAGUCCAUGGAGCGUGAGCAAGACGAACACCGUCAGACGCGUCAGCAUUCCGACAUGCAGUCUCACAUGGAGCGGGAGCGUGCAACAGCUGAGCAGCACCGUGUUCAUGAAGACAUCCUUCACAUGGACGACAUCCCCAACAUGCAGCCUUUACCGGUAACGCCUCACCUCGCACAUGACACCUUUCCCACACAAGACCCGGCAGGAGCUUUCACGGGUCAACAUACUAUCGGCGCGAUUCCUCCGGCAUACUACCUUCCGCAGCAGCACGCGCCAAUGUCGGACCAAGGCAUGGCAGGAGUAGCGCGAUUGAUGCCUGGGCCUGCGAUGCGGCCCCGAAUGGAACACGCGGUGUUGCAAAUGGCACCGCCACAAGACAGGACGGCAAAUGAGCUCGGCGCGUUUGAACGUGCAGGGCAUUUCGGGGAGAUCGCACCGCCAGGCCCACGUAUGAUGGGACCGACGCCACCCCUUCCAGCUCACACAGUCCCUGCACCGAUUGCAAGUCAUGGAGAGCGCCCAAUCACUCUCCCAGCAAUUCCCGGACCGCCUCCACUCCGCCUACCGGUAGCAAUGCCUAUCCUACGUUCCGGACUGAGGCCAUAUCCUGUGCUUACAUUCGACCGUGAGGGAUCAAGUCAAGUACAGCCUGGAGCGCCCACUGGACGGCACGAUGCUGAUGCUGAGCAACGGUUGAUGAGAACUACCAUGAGGACAAGGGACGCACUGCGGAGGGCGCGAGUGGUCCUUGGCGGAAACGAGGGAAUCCAGGUCAGGAGAAGCGCCGAUCACGGAACGUCCGAAGAUGAGCCUCACAACGUUCCCGCUCCCGUCCCCAUGGUGUCGACUCCACAUCAUUCGCAAGAGGCGCAGAAUCGCCAUUCAAUCAUCAACCGACGCCAACAGGCGCAGAUGACAGGCAUGGCAUCACCCAACGCACAUUCUGGACAAGCAUCGGCCCGGCGUUCACGGCUCGUUGGUUCUCUGCCUGACGGUGGUGGGUCGAUUGAUCCGACGCUGGAUUCGGACCUCGAGUGGGAUGACGUUCACAUUUGGCGCCCUGGGAGGUAACAAUGUGGAUGGGGCAGAAGAAAGACGGUGAAGGGUGAGAGAAACGAAUGAGCAGGAUGGAUGAGGGUUACUGAGGUAGCAAACGAAGAGUGAUCAGGUUUGCAAGGUAGCGAUGGGAAGAUGAGAGAUCAGGAUGGGUACGGAGCAAGGUUUGAUGAGAUGUGCUGAGGUGAGGGAAGCAGGACAGCGAGACUGAUAAUACGCGCUCACAGAGAUGGAUACGACGGAGUUUUGAUGGAGGGGCAUUGAUUCUCGCUACGGCAGAGAGUACGAAGUGGGCAUGGCUGUGAAGAGAUAACGAUAGUUUUCAUAGCCGUCCAACGCUUUUUCAACAGUUUCCACAGUGAAGCCUCCGUGGAG